AUGAAUCUGCGCGCUUGUUCGCGUGCGUUGCCCCGAGUCGGCACCGUCUGUAGAUCCGGACGCUCUUUUGCUCAGCAGACUCGACUAGGCUCGUCCCAGUCUCAUCAUGACUCUCACGCAGACACGGAGACUUACCCCCCGGAAGGCUUCAACUUUGCAUUCUGGCGCCGCACAGUCCUAGUGGUCGGUGGUGCAUUUGCCUUUUACAAUUUCGCCCCAUCUGCAGCCUCUGCUGAAGAAAAGGUCAAUGCCCUGACGCAGUACUUGACCAUCUCACGUGAAGAGGGAAAGCGGGCCACUGACACCCAUCUUGCACUCGCCAAAGCCGAUGCAGACGCACGUAUCCUCACAGACGGAGCAACUAAACCCCCAGUCAUCAGGUUACGCAAUCCGACUGUGUUUGAGAACGCAUCUCCUCACUGUCUAGGAGUAGGACAGCAGGCUGAUUUGUCGGAUUUGCGUAUCAAGACGGAUGGUCAAUAG